AAAUAAUGCAACAUAAAUAGAUUAAAGCAACUACCUCAUAAAAUUUAAGAUAAAAGUUGGGUAUGAAAGACUCUUUAACUAAUAUUAAUUAAAUCUACAGCCAACCCCAUUCAUCAAAAGGAGCUGAAAAUAGAAAAAAGGAAGUAAAUUCUUAUUUAUUUAGAAUGUGUAAGAUUGCAUUACAAUGAAGAAAAAAUUAUUUUACAUGUUAGGAUAAAAUUAUAAUUCUAGCAAAGCAUUUUCCAUUUCCCCUACUAAUUCACUUAAACAGAAUUAUUUUGUAUCUACAUCUACAUCUACACAAUAAAAAUAGAAAUAGAUUUUAUAAAAAUAGAACAACACACUUGAUUGUCAUACUUCAAUUGUUUAAAAUCUAUAAGCGAAUUUAGCUAAGAAUGUAGAAUCAUAACAUUCAAUAAAACAAUUUGAUAAAUAUACUUCUUUUUUGGAGAAUUAAACUUUUGAAAAUCAGAAUACUUCAGUUAAUCCAAUAAAAUAAGUUGGUAUUGCUAAACCUAAUUCUACUCAAUCUAGAAAUCAUAAAACUGACAGAAGUUCAUUAAUUGCAUUAUUUGAAAAAUUACAUCAAAAAGAUAGUUCUAAAAAACAUCGUAAGUAAACUUCUUAAAAUUCUAAUUAUAUUGUUAAUAUCUAAAAAUAAUAACCUCCUGAAUCAUUUUAAAAUGAAUUAAAGUUCCGAUAAAAAAUUAAAGGAUCAUUAUCAAAUAAUUCUUCUGGUUAACUUUGUUCUCAUCUUAAUCCAAAUUCAUCUACAUAAAUUCAACAGAAUCAGUAAAAUAAUAUUGAAGAUAAUUUAUAAUAAUUAGCUGAAAGAAUGUAAUACAUUUUAAAUAGCUAUCAUUAAAAGUUAAAACAAGUAGAUUUUGAAAAAGAAGUAUUAAUUUAAGAAAUUCAGUAUUGGAAAUCUAAAUAUCAAAAACUCCAAUAAAAAUCAUCAAUUUCUUGA